AUGAGCUACAGCAGCCUCUCAAAUUAUAAUAAUCUUUUAUUAACGCCACUUAAAAACUCAAUUGCAGCUCAAGAAACUCAUCCUGAAGAAGACACAAUAAAUUCUUUAAAAAUCUACUAUGCAUUGAACCACCAAUUUAAGGUGCUAGGAAGGUCAGAAUUAACAGAGCGAAUGAUUCGGCGUAUCACAAAAUGUGAUUAUAUUCCAAAGGACUUUCAAGCAAGACCUUUAUAUAUUAACUUAUCAGGAAUUAUUGAUGAGCUUAUGCUAACUGAAUUAGAGAUUGCUCUGUGAGCAAUUUACUUAGAAAAUUUAGUAUGGAAAAACCUUGAUACUUACACAGAGCAGCUUCUUUUAUUUUCAGCAUACAAGGCAAAACAGUAUUUCAACGGAAAUAGCGUUGAGCCGUAUCUUAUGUAUCUCAAGGCAAAGAUAGGGAAUUUUGAAGAAAAUUUUAAAUCUUGGCUCAUAAAAUAUGAGGAUGGAUUUAAAGUAAAUUUAAGAAUGAUUAAUGAAAAAUUGAAUAUGCUAAAAAUAGUCAAAGAUGCUGAAAGCGAUUAUUGCUCGCUAGAUUAUAACUAUUAUGUUGACGUGAUUUUAUUGAAGGCAGUUCCUUAUGCAGAUAGAGGAGAGCAAAGAGCUAUAUUAAAGCCUGUUGAAAGAAGAAAAAACGAAGAACUUAUGGAUAAAAAAACUAAAAGGCAAACACCAAUGAAAAUACAAACUGAAAAGAUAAAUAUGAAAAAGAAGAAAAUUGAAAAAGAUUCUAUAAGCAGCAUAAAUUAUACAGAAAAUGAUCCUGAUAUAGCAAAAAUUGAAAAGUUCUGUGAUGGUUUGAUAGAUUACAAUGACCUGAACCCUGAUGAUUUUAAAUAA